AUGGCCGGCCUGAGCUCGAAAUGGCUUCUCGGGGGCGGCUUGGCCGUUGCCGGCACGUACUACGCGGCAGUGAAGUACCGGCGCCCGGUGGUGGUCGUUGGAGGCGGUGUGAUGGGGCUCAGCACCGCAGCUCGGCUUGCAGAGCGCGGCUACCGCGUCGUGGUGCUGGACGAGAACCAUCCCAUCCGAGGCUCCUGGGGAUCCACGAGAGCAAGCCACCUGCGCAUGGAGGAUCCAGUCCUGCUUCAGAUGAGCCUCUUUUCGAUAAGGAGCUGGCUUGACUUGCAAGAGCGCAUGAGAGGAAGGUUCGGCCCUGAUGAAGCAGAUUGGUUCUUCUACAAGAGGACCGGCGGCCUCAUGGCAGGGCCUGCAAGCAUCGUCGAGGCGAUGGCCGAGAAGAUUCAUCGUGAGGUGCCCACGAAGCAGGGAGAGGUCGAAGUCCUCACAGCCGCCGAAACUCCGGAGCGUUUCCCGCAGCUCCACCUGGACCCGAACGAGAAACUGCUUUACAUGCCCGAGGGCUACACGAUGUCAGUGCCAACAGCACUCCACGGCCUUCGUUGGGCGGCCGAGGCGGCUGGCGCCGAGUAUCGGGAGGAUUCGGUUGUCAGCAUCGACCUGCGUCGAAAGAUGGUGAUCACCAACGAGCAAAGCUUGCGCUUCAGUCAGGUCGUGAUCACAGCUGGUCCAUGGACGAAUCGGAUUCUCCAAGGUGCCGGCCUGCGUGGUGUCCCGAUGAUAGUGUCGAACGAGCAGACUGUGGAGUUCCAGCCUAAGGUGGGUGCCCCGUCGCACGACUGGUCUGAUCUGCCAUUGUUCACAUGGAGCGAAGCUGGUUACAAAGGACGCAAUGAAGAUGGUGGAUGUCUCUAUUUCUACACGACGCCGCAUUGCCCGCUCGCGAGCAGUGGAUCGCAGGGAGUGAAGGUCGGCUUUCACCGGCAGGGUCCUCUUCUGGACACAGACGAGUUUGUCGUGACAGAGUCGGGUCGCGCCUCGAAGGAUAAGCUGCCGAACAUUCGCAAGGAACUCCGGACGGAGCAGGAGUACCACCGCGACGAGUUCUCACUCUCCAAGAUCAAGGCCUUUAUCAAGGCCAAGAUGCCCGGCUUGGAUGCAGAUCACCCAGUCGGGUACAUGCGGUGUUUGUACCAACUUACUCCAGACUUGCAGAUGAUUGUGGGGCGACAUCCUGAUGAUCGCAGCGUGGUGUUGGCCUGUGGCUUCAGCGGCUCUGGGUUCCAGCUCCUCUGCUGA